AUGUCACACUUCUGGGCAGAAAUCAACCUUUUCUUUUUUCUCGCUUUCUACUUUUUUUUUUUUCAUCAAACUUUUUCUUUUUUCUUUCUUUCUUUCUUUCUUUUUCUUUUUCUUUCUUUCUCUUUCGUCCUUUCUUUCCUUCUUCUUCUUUUUUUUUUCUUUUCUUUUACUCUUACUUUCUUUGGUGAAAACAAAAAUAGAGAAACUAAAUGCUUUUUCUUUCUGCCAUACACGUUUUUGUGUUUUCUUUCUUUUCCCUUGUUUUUUUUCUCUCUCUUUCCCUUUUUUCUUCUCUCUCUCUCUUUUUUCUUCUCUCUCUCUCUUUCCCUUCUCUCUCUCUUUUCCUUUUUUCUUCUCUCUCUUUCUCUUCUCUCUUUUUCCUUUUUUCUUCUCUUUCUCUUCUCUCUCUCUUUUCCUUUUUUCUUCUCUCUCUCUUUCCCUUCUCUCUCUUUCCCUUUUUUCUUCUCUCUCUUUCUCCUUGCUUUUCUUCUUUCUUCCCUUGUUUUUCUCUCUUUCUCCUUGCUUUUCUUCUUUCUUCCCUUGCUUUUCUCUCUUUCUCCUUUCUUCUUCUUUCUUCUUUCUCUCUUUCUCUUUGUUUUUCUCUCUUUCUCCUUGCUUUUCUUCUUUCUUCCCUUGUUUUUCUCUCUUUCUCCUUGCUUUUCUUCUUUCUUCCCUUGUUUUUCUCUCUUUCUCCUUGCUUUUCUUCUUUCUUCCCUUGUUUUUCUCUCUUUCUCCUUGCUUUUCUCUCUUUCUCCUUGCUUUUCUUCUUUCUUCCUUGUUUUCUCUCUUUCUCCUUGCUUUUUUCUUUCUUCCCUUGUUUUCUCUCUUUCUCCUUGCUUUUCUUCUUUCUUCCUUAUUUUUUCUCUCUUUCUCCUUCUUUUUUCUUCUUUCUUCCCUUGUUUUUCUCUCUUUUUCUCCUUCUUUUCUUCUUUCUUCCUUGUUUUUCUCUUUUCCUUGCUUUUUUCUUUCUUCCCUUGUUUUUCUCUCUUUCUCCUUGCUUUUCUUCUAUCUCUUUACCCUUGUUUUUCUCUUUCUCCUUGCUUUUCUCUUUCUCCUUGCUUUUCUCUUUCUCCUUGCUUUUCUUCUCUUGCUUUUUCCCCUCUCUUUUCCCUUGUUUUUUUCUUUCUAUCCUUCCUUCACUAUCUUCUUCUGCAUUUUGACCAUGUCUCAUAUUCUUUAGAUUCCUUUCCUUCUCUUCACAUUUUCCUUACUGUCUUAUUGUAUCUCCCCCUCCACACUUUCAUUUCACCCUCAUUUCUCUUCACCACUCCUUGUUGUUCUUGUCCGAAUACAACAGAUACAAAUGUAGCAGCUGCGUUAAUCCCACCCCCCUCUCUCACACACACACAAUUUCCAUUCUAUAAUGUCUGA